AAAAAAAAAAAAUCUAAAGAGAGAGAGAGAGAGAGAGAGAGAGACGAGAAAACUGAGAGCAGAGUAUCAGAAACAGCCAUGGAUGAGAAUGAAUUUCGACGCCUCCUUGAUCUCUUCCCUGUCGUCCGAUCCCGAGAUUUCGUUUUCGAAUCGGAAUCAUCAAGACAAUCAACUUCUAAGUCAUCCCAUAAUGAGCUAAAAGAAUGGCAUGAUGCGUGGGAUCAUGGAGAUAACAAACAAGUUGCAAUCGAAGGACUUUAUCAACAUGAUGCAUUUUGGACGAAGUUAAAGACAGCUGCUGAGAGGAAGGUGGGUGCAGCAGAAGCAGAGAGAUUUUGCGAGGCCUUUCAGCGAAUACAUAAAAAGCUUGUUUAUGAAGAACUGAGUUCAGGUGCUGCCCAAAACAUUCUCAAACUUUCAAUCAAUUCUGACAAGUAGUCUCAAACUAUGUAUUGUACCAUUUCUUAUGUUAAGACUUGUCCAGUACAUGAGCAUUUGCUGCUUGUGUCGUCGGAUUUUAGGUGUUUGGAUCUAAUUGUGUGAUAAUUUUAUGGAAGAACAGAUUGUAUAAAUAAUUGAUUUUAUGAGAGUGUCGUUUCAUUUUA